CCAGUGUUUCUUAAAGUGUGGUCCGCGGACCCCCAGGGGUCCGUGGAAUGUUCCAAGGGUUCCACAGGAUAAUUUUUAAUAUCGAUUUCAGUCAAAUUUUCGGCCAAAACGUCAUAAAUUCCUAUUUUUGUAGCACCAAAUCCUGAUGGCUUUUUACAGUGGCUAAGUCACAUUGGGAUUUGAAGAUAAGCCAGUAAUAAAUAAUUGUUGUAAUUUCAGUAUAUUAUGACCUGCAAACACUUUCAAACUCAAGAGGAAAAUUAUAAUAAUAAAGGGUCCGCUACAUGAGUAAUUUUAAUAAAAGGGGUCCGCUGCACAAAAAAGUUUAAGAAACACUGGGCACCAGGGCUAGACUCUUCACGGCGGGGAGCCCGGGGGAAGCUGCAGCUGUCAGGGGCCGCCCACUCGCGGCACAGACUUCCAGUGGAUGACUCACAGCGGCAACGGAUUGAAGUGAACGGAAGCAGCAGCCGGCGUUGACCUGAGAUUAUCCUGACACUGUGGCAUGUGGCUCAGCUCGGUGCUCAGGCCUGCCUCACUCACGGCGGCCAGGUCAUGUGCCAGGCGCCAGUAUGGGACCCGCAAACCGAAAGAGGUCAGAGCCUCUGAUGUUGGGUCAAGGCUGGAGAUUCAUCAUCCACUUUGGCCACACUGCAUCCGCCUCUCCUACCCUUGGCUGAGGGAUCAUUGUCGCUGUGGAGACUGCUUCAACUACACAACAGAUCAGCGACGGUUUGACCCAACACAAAUGCAACUCAAUAUUCGGCCAGCGUGCGUCUCUGCAACACCCGAGAGACUAGAGAUGCAGUGGCCAGAUGGACACAAGUCAUCUUAUGAGUACAAGUUUCUGUGGCAGAACACCUAUGAGGGGCGCCAGACCUCCCACAAGCCUCCUCAGCUGCUCUGGACUGCAUACACCUUCCCUAAGCCAGAGCAGACCACAGUUUCCUUUGAUGAAAUGAAAAGUCUUCAAAAGGAUGGAGUUAAGAAGGUUGUGGGGGCCAUAAUAAAACAUGGAUUUGCUUUUAUCUCAGAGGUGCCGACUGAUGUAGAAUCCACUCGUUCUGCAGUAGAGAAGAUAUGUGCCAUCAAACGGUCUUUCUUUGGAGAAAUGUGGGGCAUGGAAGGCAGUGAUCUUAUGCACUCAGACACAGCCUACACCUCAGAGUUCAUUGGGGCUCACACAGACUCAACCUACUUCUCACAGGCCUGCAGGAUACAGGUGUUCCAUUGCCUUGAGGUAGCCUCUGAGGGUGGUGAGAACCUCCUAGUGGAUGGGUUCAGUGUAGCUCAGCAGUUUAAGGAGAAGUACCCAGAGGGGUAUGCCUUCCUCUCCUCUGAAUCAUUCCCCUCUGAGUACCUGGAGGAGGGGCAGCACCACAGUUCCCUUGACACUGUCUUCAAGCACAAUCCAGAGACAGGAUGCUUGAGUCAAUUCAGAUACAACAUCUAUGAUCGAGCUCCCUUGUCCUCCAUCCCUCACGAGAAGAUCCAAGACUUCUACAUCCACUUUUCAAAUCUCACAAAGAUUAUUCGUGACCCUAAAAAUGAACACUGGCUCAGGUUGGAACCAGGCACAGUGUUGCUGAUUGACAACUGGCGGGUGAUGCAUGGCCGGAGGAGCUUCUCAGGGCGCCGGGCAAUGAUUGGAUGCUACCUGGACAACGAGGAAUUCACCAGCAGUGCCAGGGUGUUGGGGCUGAAGCUGGAGUAGUGCCUUACCCUAAGAAGCAAGUUACCUCUAAUCUUCAUACCAAGUAACCCUAGCCCCCUUUCAGCUCACUUAAUGAAGGGAUGAUGCUUAGAUAUAUUAUUCUUGUAUUGCUGUCAAUCUGUCAUGAUCAGUAAAACUGUUGCAAUACAGCAAAUGAAAACAAUGGAACUGGGACUAAUACCAGGGUCUUCAAGAACUGAAAAAUGCCUCUUUUUCAGCUCACAAAAUAACUAAAUAUUGAAAUUUUGUCUCAGCUUAAAGAAAACUCAAGUAUAUUGCAUGAUAUCAGGUUAUUACUAUACUGUAUAUAAUUUCUAUAGAUCACUCAAAUUAUUUUUUAUUCUUGAUUGCAUGACCUUAAAUCUUUGAUCUAAUAAUUAAAUGAACUAUCAUUAGGAACAUUUUCGAUUUGGUGUCAGUCUUCCCUCCUGUUUCUGUGAUACUGUGACUCCCUCCAUUGGAUAUCUGCCUUUCUCAGGAAGCCUCAUACAAACACAAGUGCCACUGCAGGACAAAGGCCUUUCCCAAUGUUUUCUACCUCUCCAUGUUUGAUGGACAUUAUAUCUAAUGAGUCUGCUGCCUAUUUGUUUCCAGGCAUGGUGAGACCCUCAAAAAGACAUCUUCAACUUUCUGAUUGAAAUUAAAGCCUAUAGUUGAAGUGUUUCAAAUUCAACAUGGUGAGAUCAGAAGUCAGUGAUUUGAUUUUCUCUAUUAACAAACUACUUGGUCAAAGGUCAGUGGCUUAUUAAAUGGUUGUAAAGAGUUGUUACAUUUGAAAAAGAAAAAGAAAAAGAAAAAAAAACGGUUAAGAGUUAGAUCUAUCAUUUAUUUUUGUCACUGGGUACAUGUAACUCCAUUUGGAGAGGUGUGGUAAGGUCAUGUGACAAUUUGACUUGUUUGGCCAAAACAAUAAAGUGGACCACAGUCCCCAACCUCAGUUUCCUGAAACCUACCAGCCAUGCUCUCUUUAGCAGUCUGGUGUAGUGGUUAGUGUGCCUAGCUAUGAAUCUGCAGGCCCAGGUUCGAAUCCCAGCCCAGGCAGUCGGUGUGCAGCUCACCCAGGUCUUCAUCCUCCCUUUCAGGCUGGUCAUUAAAUGAGUACCUGGGGAAACCUGGGGAUGGUAAACUGUGGUGGAUGUCACACCGGCCCUGUACCCUGGGGUAAUGGGUUCUUACCCACCACAGGGUCACGGGUCAGUGUGACGGAGAUGAGCACUGAAGCCACAUGAAGUGUUUGCCACCAAGUUUACCUUACCUUUAUUUAUGAUAUGUGAUGGAAUAGACAAGCAAUUAAUUCCCCAGGUCUCUAAGCUGAAGAAAAUUAUACUAUACAAAAAUAUAUAUAUUUGUAAUUUA